CACUAGUCGCCCUGCAACAUCAGAAGAAUUAUCUGGGGGUGUCAUCAUGACAACUGGCACGUUCAAGCGUUUCCGACCGGGAUCGACCGGUGUCCGGGCGGGGGGAGUCACCGAUAGCGAUUGCGAGAGGCUCAGGGAAAACAUUCGGAGGCGUCCUUCGACGCUCGCGGCGAAAGAAUUCUUUGCCAAUGGGGGCAUGCGGGAGUGGUGGAACCUCCCGCAGCGCUGCGAAAAGCUGGUGCGGGUAUUGGAGGCAUGGAACGAAACCGCGGACGGCAACGAUCCCGCACAAGAGCUUUCUUACUCGUUUUCGGCCGACCCGAACGAAUCGAGACGGCAGGCCAUGACAGCGGCAAUCAUGGUGUACGCCGACCCGACCUUUUCCCAGGCCUUUUACAAGUUUUUCUGCCGGUCCCUGCGGAAUCGUCAGUCCGACUCGAAUCACAAGCUGGAAGAAGACGAACUGUCGUUCUUUCGAAACCUCCGCACGCUGGGAUGGAUUCGUGCCGACGGCAUGUUGCAACGCCCACUCGGGGAAGCCCUUCACCAAACUAUUCUGCAUUGGGUGAGGAACGUCAUAUCCAAGGAGUUCGAGGAGGAGGGCAUGUUUGACCACGCCAUGGAAUACAAACAAAGCGUCAUUUUGCCCUGGCUAGAAGCUUUUGUAGGCAAGGAGGCGUUCGAGCUGGAUUGGGAUGCUCGACUCGAUUUUGCAGUCGCCGAAUGCUAUUGUUUGGUGAGGUUCGAUGAAGUCUUUGAAUUGAUAGCAGAAUAUCCGGACUCGCACCCGGCCGUGCUGGAAUUGAAGAAAGUAUUAGAAAAAACAAACAUGCAUCAAUCGAUGGCAAAAGCUCUGAAGGAAGCCCUUAUCAAAAGGUUGAACCACCCGGGGGCGAACACAUCGCAGAUUAUUGAUGUGUACAUCAACACCAUAAAAGUCUUUCGAGAAAUCGAUGCAUCGGAUCGAUUGCUGCAAGUAGUGGCCGAACCUGUUCGAUCGUAUUUGAGACAGCGACAAAAUACCGUCCGGUGCAUCAUUACAUCGCUGACAGACUCGGAGGUAGGCGGUGAUCUAUACGAAGAGCUACGGCGCCAAGACGCCCGACCACUAGAGCACGGGGAGGCGGAUUCUGACGAUGAAGAAGAGCCGCCCGACAUGAACUGGACUCCAGCACCACCCAUCUCGAAGGAGCGAGGAUCCUUCUUAGCCACCGGGACCAAAGGCAACAGUGCCGAUAUUCUCAGCAUGCUCGUCAGCAUUUAUGGUAGCAAGGAUCUAUUUGUGAAUGAGUUCCGACUGAUGCUAGCAGACAAACUUCUUGGAAACCUUUCGUUCAACACCGAUCAAGAAGUCCACACACUAGAACUAUUGAAAUUGCGAUUCGGCGACCUUAGCAUGAGGAGCUGUGAAAUUAUGAUCAAAGGUAAGCAUAUCUCCCCUUCUCUCAAACGACACAGAAGACUAUCACUACUAAAUCGACAUUGUCAAAUGAAGCUGUCUUUUUAAUUUGCUCAUCUCACCAUUAUUUCUUUUUCAAUUCCUUUUUUUAGACAUUGAUGACAGCAAACGUGCCAUAUCCAAUAUUCACAACACAAUAAAAGCAAAACAGCGCGCGAUCGCAGUGAUGAAAGAAAGAGAACCAGUGGAUCCAGUUGUGGAUGCCGCUAUUGUUUCGCACAUAUUUUGGCCGACACUGCAGAACACCCAGUUCAAACACCACGCACGAAUCCAAACCGAGCUAGAUCAGUUUAGCACGGAGUACGGCCAGCUCAAAAAUCCACGGCGACUUGUCUGGAUGAACCAACUUGGUACGGUGCAACUCGAACUGGAUGUCCUGGAGGUCAAUCCCGAUGGGACGGCGGCGAUAGAGACUCGAGAGUUCACCGUCGCGCCUCUUCUUGCGACGCUCAUUUCACACUUCGAAGAUAAGAACCAGUGGUCGCUCGAGGAUUUAUCGAAUGAGACAGGACUCGCCGAACACACUAUUCAGAAACGAAUGCAAUACUGGGUGAAUAACAGGGUCAUCAAGCUUUUAAACGGCGCACCUGUUCAAUACGAACUAGCAACCCGCGAAUAUAUGCUACAAGGAGACAAAGAGCAGUCCACGGUGUCCUCGAUGUUGGACGACGAUGGAAGUGGUGAGCAGGCAGUGUCUGUGUUUGCUCAGGAAGAGGAAGAAAUGGAGAUAUACGAGAGUUACAUUUACGGGAUGUUGACCAACCUUGGUCAAUUAGGGUUGUCUCGCAUUCAUGAAAUGCUGAAAAUGUAUGUCUCUGGUGGAUCCGACGUAAAGUACACCAAAACACCUCAGCAACUUGCUAUGUUCUUGCAACAUCUUUGCAAGCAAGAGAAGCUAGAGCGUGGACCGGAUGGCAUGUACAAAAUAUUGAAGAAAUAAAAAGUGGAUUUUACAAAACCUUCUUGGCCUAAUAGUCCUCACUAAUCCGAGCUCGAAUUCUUUCAGUUCGGAAUGAUAAAAAAAUCAAGGUACCGCAACGACAUCAAUAUACACUACAAUCAUGUUUGUUCGAGAAGACGGGUUAUUUCGAAGCUGAAACAUUUCUAUUGGGAGGGAUCAUACCUUCAGGGGUGGUUAGUGGGAUCAGUAGAGUUAACGCAGUGAUCAAUUUUGUAACAAUACCAUACUUUGAUGUGAGAUGACAAGUAGAAGUAUUACUAGAAGAUAAAAAUAAACCUUUCGGUUUGCAUUUGUUUGCUACCAAUACGACAGAAGUAGCUUCAAGUUUUAACUCUGUACUCCACUGUGUACGAUAUUAUUCCCACCAGCCAAGUACGUAGGGGCGAAAAGAGAUUCAGGGCUUCGUUGUAAAUAAUUUUCCAACGCACCAUAGUACGUUAAUUAUUUUUAUUUCUAGAGCUUGGCGAAGAUCUCUUUCGCUACUUUGUCAGAUAGGUGGCAAUGUUGAUUCAUUUUCUUUUUGAUAGUGCUACUUUUUUACACCAGUUGCCAGUACGACGAGGUGAAAUAAGGCUGAGAAAGAGUGUUUUAAUUUUAAAUCUAUAUACUUUUUGUUUUUUGUGAGAACAACGGUUUGAUAAAACGGAAUGUGAUUUUUUUGGGUCUUUUCCAAUGACGAUCGAAUAUCCAACCUUAUUCAGUUCAUAAAUACUGUAAAAAUAGUACCGGUACAUUGCGUUACGUCUCUGCUUUACUGCCGUACGUAGUCCUUCAUUCGUGCUAAAGCUAAGUAUUUCUACAACAGCAUCAUUCUUCUAUUCAGUAGUACACGUACUCCUUUCCAAAUUAGCGACGAACAGCAAGAGUACGAGCACGCUGCUCUCAUAGAUGAAAUCAGGAAAACAAAUAUCCACCAUGUCGCCAUCAUCUUCCAUGAAGUCUGCAAAGGAACGGAAAUUCAAACUACCCGAAUCGGGUUCGAGCUCCAAAGUUGCUGAUAUGGGAUCAAAUCUUGCGGUGAUUUGUACGCAUCCAUGGGGUCCUCUUGGAGGCAAUAUGGAUAACAAUGUCGUGCUGGCCAUUAUAGUAUGGUUCCAACGCCUGAAAAUCACAACCAUGAGGUUCAACUUCUGUGGUUCUCAAUUUGGUCGAGGGGGUCGCCAAGUCGAUCAAGUAAAAGAAGCGGCGAAUUUUCUCUUGACGGGGCAGCAUCAGAUCGCCAAGACGCCACAAUCAUCAGAAUCGACACCACAAAACGCUCCACCCAAAUAUAUCUUAUUGGUGGGAUACUCCUACGGGAGCAUAAUAAGUGCGAGUGCAAGUGCCAAAAUCCCGCAAUGCAUCGGAACCGUUAUGAUUUCACCACCGCUUGCCGUUCGGCAUUGGCUGUACAUGUUCAAUGGUGAUUACCACCUCGAUCAAGCGCGAAAACGAGGCCUCCCAUUGCUAAUGAUGAUUGGAUCAAACGACAAUUUUACAUCCGAAGAAGCUUAUAUGAACACUGUCCAUACAAUGCCCGAAAAUACUACUACCGGAGCAGUCUUGAAGGACGCUGACCAUUUCUUCCGCGGGCGAGAAAAAGAUUUAAUGGAUAUAAUAGGUAAGCUUAGAAAAUCAACGGAAUAACAGAAAAUGAGUCUCUAAAUAUUUCGGACUCACUCUGGAUACCAAGAAGAAUUUUGUUACUCAUCAAUCUCUAUGUUGUUCAACCCUUUACCGACAUUUUGACUCCAAAAGGGCACUGGUUGCUUAAUGUAGUGCCACAGUGUAAUGGAAACCUGCAAACAUUAUCAUCGGUGGACUUUUCGCCUUUUGAAAUACCUGCUUUAGAUUCCACAACGUCUUCCGAGACUUACCCGAUGUGCAUGUAACUUAUGUCAUAACCGUUGAUCGACGGCGUUUGAUUUACUUGGAAAUCCAAUGCUGCUGAGGAGCAGAAACAUAAGGACUUCUCCUGUUUCACCUAACUUCUCCGUACCCUGGAUUAAACUAGCAAUGUAUGU